GCGUGUUGGCAGGCGCUGCUCGCCUGUCUUGCCCUGAAGGCGUUGCCACACACAGGUGGCCGCCAAAGACAGCCACUCCCACAACUCACGCCAGCCCCCGCACCGGCCUGGAGUGGCCACGCCCACACACAACACACCCCUCCAGUCGCAGCCGGGCAGCAGGCGUGGCCCCCCGGGCUCGGGGCGCGCUGCGAGAUGGCCGAGCGAGGAGGCGACUCGCAGCUGGCGCGUGACCACAGCUUGCUGCUGGAGGAGCGGCUGGAUGGCUUCUUCCGCUCCGGCGGCAGCCACGGACCCACCAGCUUUGCCGGCCUGGGGCUGGGCCUGCAACCCACCAAAGUGAAUGAGUAUGCAUCCCUAGCCGGGCCCGACGACGACGAGGGCUCCCGCCGCCAGCCGCUGGCGCGCUACGUGUCCAGCCUCAGCCGGGUGCUGCCCUCAGGGGUACAGCUGGAGCUCAUAGAUGUGAUGCCACCGCCCGCGCCGCGACCCGCACCACCGCAGCAGCAGCAGCAGCCGGCAGAGGCGGAGCAGCCGGCAGGCCAGCAGUUGCACGGCUGGCUGGACUUGGAGGCCGGGCGGGGCCAGCAGCAGCCGCGAGAGCAGCAUCGACAGCAGCAGCAGCAGCGCGCGCAGCAGGCCAAGCGCGAGGCCAGCCCCGCGCCGCCGCCGGCGCCCGGCACGCAGCAGCAGCAGGUGCAGGCGAUGCCUGUGCCCGGCAAGCCUCUCAAGAUCCGGCUGAAGAUUCCCCGCGCCGGCAGCGAGCCGCGCACGGCGCCGCCGGCUGGGCAGCCGGCAGCGGCACCGCCGCGGGCCGACCAGCAGCAGCUGCUGCAGGCGGUACGCCAGCUGGGCUCCAACCCGCUGCUCAGCCCCAUCCCUGCCUGCUGGGCUGAGACGCUGAAGCUCAGCCCCGCCUCGCAAGGAGCGGCACGGCAGCCGCCGCAGCAGUAUACCGCUGCGGCCCCGGCAGCGCAGCAGCAGCAGCAGCCCCUGGGCUCGCCGCCCGCGGCUGUGGUGGUGGCGCCGGCGGGGGACAAGGUCGCCUCACCCUUUGCGCCGCUGUCGGAAGAUGUGUUCGAGCCAGCGGGUGGGGACAAGGAGAGGCGGCGGCGGCAGCAGGGGGCUGCCGCGCCGCAGCGGGCGCCCUCGCCGCCAUCGGGUGCCCAGGGCACCAAGCGGCCAGCCGAGGAGGCAGCGCUGCCGGCAGCACGCGCGGCGUCGCUGCCGGGAGCAGCAGCACAGGCGCCGCGGGCAGCAGGCGGGUCGCCCCAGCUGAAGAGACGGCGCUCAGACGCUGCUGCAGCCGUGGCUGCCAAGCCUGGUGCAGACGGAGCUUCAGCGCAGGGACUCUGGGCUACCCACAAGCAGGGGGAAUCGGGGCUGCCACCAGCCCCCAUUGUUGCAGCAGGUGGCGGCGGCUCCCGUGCCGGCUCGCCAGCCAGCCCCGCAGCCCCCGGCAGCAGCACCCAGGGCCCAUCCACUGCCAGAGCUUCAGAGGCCCAUCAGCAGCGUGCCAUGUCGCCGGUGCAGGCGGCGCCGCCCAGCGUGCCGGCAGGCGGCGGCCUGGCUGCGGUGGCGGCGCUGCUGCCUGCCGUGUUUCACACGGCAGCCACCAGCAGUGCCACGCCCGCCAGUAGCACGAAGGAGGGCAAGAAGCUGAAAUCGUUUGCAGAGAAGCGGAUGAAGGACGGCAAGCCCACCCACAUCAGCAGCAUGUUCCUGUGCCAGAGCUGCGUCAAGUUUCUGGAGGUGGCGGCGGCCAUGGAGGCCCACCCAGCAAAGUUCUCGCGGGACAACACGUCGAGCAUGUACAGCCAGACGGCAAGCCUGCUAGAUGCGUGUGCGCAUAACGCUGCGCGCGCCGAGGGCCCCGCCGCCAUCACCGCCGCCAUCUCGCUGCUGGCGGAACGCCUGGCGGCGGUGGCGCGCCUGCGCGCCGCCUUCUGCCUGCGCGCCGAGGGCGCGGCGCAGGCGGCGGCGUUCAAGGCGGCGCUGGAGCGGGGGUCUGGGGAGACGUACCAGCGCCCCUCGCCCACCGACAGCAACACCAGCACCUCCAUCUCGCUCCCGCUGGAGCCCGCCGGCAGCGGCAAGCAGGCGCGGGCGGAAGGCAGGCAGCCGGGCGCCGCCGCGCCCGCCGCAGCCGCCGCCGCUGCGAAGCCCGCGGCGGCGGCCGCCACGACGGGCGGCGUGUCGUAUGCCGGGUCUGUGGGCUCGUGCGCGGCGGCAGCGGCGCUGGUGGGCAUGCCCAAGGUGCUGCUGGAGCGCCAGCUCAUGGCGGCGCAGCACUCGCACCUUGUCUUUCAGGCGCUCGCCUCGUUCGGCAAGAGCGGCGAGAGGCUGCGGCAGUACAUGGGCCAGGCGGCGGCGCAGAGCAGCGUGCACGGCCUCAAGGCGGCGGCCGCCUCGCUGCUGCUGUCGGCGGAUGCGGGCAUGGGCCCAGCCGGCGCCGUGCUGGGGAUGGCCAAGGAGGCGCUGGAUGCUGUGAUGGCGAUGCAGUAGCAUCCUCGCUGUGUAGUAGGUGUACUGACAUCCUGCUGCAGGCCCGCCCACCUCUCUGACCUGUCUCCGUCUUUUCCAUGCGCCCGUCUGUCGCCCGCGCCCCACACGCUUGCUGCCAUCUCGUUGUCUGAGUUGGGGCAGCGUGCGGGUCCCGUCCCGUCCCUCCUGUCGCCCUUGCACUCUCAAAGUUUCCUCCCCGCCCCACUGCAAUCAAGCGUUAUUUCUUGCUGCAGCUCAGCGAUGUCUUCUUUUCCGCCUUUCCCUUCCUCCCGCGACUGCUGACAGCCGCAGUUUUUUGAACCCAGCUCUGUACCCAACCCAGCCAGGGUGCGCUCAGGGCCGCCUCGCAGCAUUUGCAGCGUCAAUGCUGAUACCUCCUGUCCCUGCCUCCUUAUUGCUCCCCUCCCUAGCUAGCUCUUGAGAGUAGGAGCCGCCCGGCGCUCCUCACACAUGCUGCCCUACCCUAUCCUUCUUGCCCUGGUCGCCCAUCCUGUGACCUCGCUUUCAUCGCUUCAACAACUGACACUUUGCUCGCGGCCUAGUCGCCGGCCUGAGCAACAAAGCCCCCCUCUCUAUCCUGAGCCCUGCCCGGCAUUCUUGGGCUGGGGCCACGGCGCACCGUGUGCGCCUGAAUAAACGCAACCCCGCUCGGCCCUAGCGCAAUGUUCACUGCUAGCCAUCAAACGACACUUGCCAAGACCCCAUGUACCUUCGUAACCACAGCAAAG